GGGAUUUCAAACCGUUGUCCCCUCCCGUUGUUGUCUGUUGGCCCGUGAGGUGCGUGUAGUCGUGGACGCUUCCGCCUUGCUUUUUUCAAACACCAUGGAUCCAAGUGUGCUGGAAGAAAAAAGCUAUGCCGACCUCGUAUACCUGGCAAAAGACAUCGGACUCAUCAAGAAAGGGCGACUGAAGAAGGCAGCACUCAUCAAAAUGUUAAGGAAAUCCAUCGCCCCGGCAGCGUUCAAGACUGCACAAUCGCAGCACGACUGCUCUUCCGUCUCCGACAACAACCAAGAUCGUGAAGCAACGGGCUCCACCACGUCACUCGGUCCAGCACAGACAACAGACGACACGAAAAAGGCCACGGUCGACGUUCCCCCGCAAGAGACACCACGUGCCGCACCAAAGAAGCAACAAAGCAUCGGAAAGACGCCCAGGGCACGAACAACACCUCGGAACACCCCAAGAGUGCCCUGCACACCAUCGCGGAUGCCCUCAACGAAAGCCAUCGUAAAGGCGCGGCCCACUCCCAACUUUGCCAGGAUUCACGAGAAGGCCUUCGACAAGAUGGAGUCCAUCGACAGUUACGUCGCGAGAAAGCAACGGGGCGCUGCGGCCUUCGUGUCCCGCAUUCCGAAGCGAGCCGUCGCGAAAAAAGUGUCCCCGAAAUCCAUACGGCCCGGGCCUCACAAGCUUCAGCGAGAGAACGACGAAUCGUCGGGUUUCGUCCCCAUCUUGAGGGAGAGAAACCGGAUGGUGUUGGGCAAAGUACGAUCCAACAGAAGGUUCGACCUGCUGCUCAGCCAUCGAGGAAUUCAGAUGUGAAAGAUUUUACCUUUUUAGUGGGUUUUAGUUUUAUGCUUUGAGCAAGAUUUUAGGACUGCGUUAUAGCUAGCGGUCAGAGACAAUGUCUUUGUUUUUGAUCGCUACGUGGCAAGCUGCCUGGAUUAAUUAUGGGGCGGCGUAACUACUGUAAGCGUGGCUCUGGUAGUGUCUAACUGAUAUCUUCGAUGUCCUAAUUUUAUCUAAAAUUGCCGCCAUAAUAACAUGCAUCGUCUUAGCUUUGAUACCACUGUACGUGACUUCUUUUUUUUUUAAGUAAUUUGUUUUUAUUUUUUUGGCACAUAAUGACCUCAGUUGCUUUUGUGCAAUAAGAACUCAAAUCAUACUUUAUUGUGGCAGCAACAAUUCUUUUAACCCUACGUGGAGUUGCAGAAAUGAAGGAACAACAAAUGUUUCGAUAUAGUUCCUGCUGUCAAGAGCAGCUCUGACGUGGACAUUUCGUUUCCUGGUGCUGCAAGAAGUUAAACCAGAUUGCUACCAAAACGCAUUAGUUAACUUCAAACAAAAAGGAGGAGAUCUGGUUACAAGUGUAUUUUGUUCGGGUACCAUGUAGUUCAUGAGUACUGGGGCCCUACAAGAUUAUUUGAGCUUCCCAUAUUUCUGGAAGUCAAGUUGGGUCCACAAUGACUGCACACAGGGAUUACACACAUCUUGGAGACAAAUGUUUGUGGUUCUUUACAUGUGCACAUUGUUCUACCGACCAGCCCUGCAUUACCUUAAGCCAUCUCCCAGGCGAAUUUGCACUUCACGUAAUUUACGCAAGCAAUGCUGUCACUGUUGCACAUUAAGAAAACAUGCACAUCGUUGCUGCAUUGAAGGGGCAGUCUGGAAUUAUAGCGUACUUCUGAAACAGUCUUGCCCGCUUGUGACUUGUAGAUUGCUGUAUGACUGAUUUGAUACACCAGUCUUGUAAAUAUAAAUAAAACUAACUACGUAUGCA